AGUGUGUCGACAAAUCACAUAGCUUUUGAACGUAGGCGCUAGGCCUAUGGUGUUUGUGUGCGUUAACGUGUAUUGUCUAUGCAGUGAGCAGCGAAGUCGGCGAAUCUCUGCCGAAUCGAACGUGAUUUUACGGGAAUUAUCUUCAAAAGGACUAUAUUUUUCUUCCUUGGAUUCAAAAUAUUGUGCAAGAGGUCCCUCCAACAAUGGAGGAGACUAAGAUUAUAUAUCAUAUAGACGAUGAAGAUACUCCAUAUCUCGUAAAAUUACCAAUUCCUGCCGCCGAUGUAACACUCGGAGAUUUCAAGAAUGUCCUCAAUCGGCCAAACUAUAAAUUCUUCUUCAAAUCGAUGGACGAUGAUUUUGGAGUUGUAAAAGAAGAAAUAGUUGAUGAUGAAGCCAAAUUACCUUGUUUUAAUGGCCGUGUUGUGUCAUGGCUGGUGCCAGCAGAGGGCAGCACUAACGGGUCAGACACAGCGUCGGUCACAACAGAUACAAGAGGGGACUCGCAACUCCCGCCAGAGAGGACAGGCGGUAUAGGAGAUUCUAGGCCACCUUCAUUUCAUUCAAGUGGAGGAGGUGUUCAAGAUAAAUUUGACGACACAGACACAUGUACAGAAUCAGAAAGAAGCUCAAGAAGAGGUUGGUUUGCAUGUUUCUCUUUCUUUUUUUUCAUUUUACCCACAUUUUAUUUUUUGAGAAAUAAAUUACUUUGGUCAUAUAUACAUGUUGAUUGUUGCUUUGCCCAUUUCACAUAUAACCACUAAGCUGCUCCAGUGCAUGCUAUCCAUAGGGGCAUCUGACAGGUGUCGUUCAGAUAUGGUAUGGCAAACCAUGAAACUGAAAGUGAUGAAUGGUAAUUGUUUGAACAAAACUUUUGAUGAAAAAAGUACAUAUUUGUUUACAUUUUCUUUUAUUUUCUAUGGGCAAAAGGGUAUGUAUUCAAAUUUAUUCAUUUGGAAUCAUUCCCUUCUCUCCCUAAAUCAGCACUUUAUUUAAAUCAAAUGAUGAACACCUUUUUUUGCUUGCCCCCCCUUUUUUUAAAUAUUUGUUUGCCCCUUAAACUUGUCUCUCUUUCAUAUGUCUUUGGCAUGAAUUGUAUGAUUUAUUUCUUGACUAUAAUAGUAAUCUUAAUGAACUUAUUGUCUUUUGAAUUUAAAAUGUAUUGGGAUAAUCCACUCUAGUCCAGUUCAGUGAAGAGAUUGAAAAAGCACCUCCCAAAUAAGAAAUUUUAUAUUUUUUGGGAAAUGCAAACAAUACAGUUUUGCUCUUAGCACACGUUUUUGGAGAAAAAUGUGGGAUUUCUGCUUGUUGCAAUAAUUAAUUGUGUACAUACAUCGGUGUAAAAGCAUUAUAUUUUUUUGUAUCACAAUUUUAUUUGCAUGGUGUAUCACUUUAAUAUUUGAUGCAAAAACUAAUAUUCCCAGUAGUAUUUCCACAGCACAACCCUGUAAUACUAACGAAUAAAAACUUGGGUAUUCCUUGGCAAAAUGUAUUGUACUCUUGUUAAAAAACCCCUCUCAUUUCCCCUGCAUUGUAGCAUUGUAGACUCUGCAAUACAAAAGAAACUAUUCUCAAGUGGGUUGAGAAAGCAAGAUGAUCAAAUGCAGAGAAUAUUGAAAGCUUUGGCAUUUGACAUUUGGACAAAUCAGUUUGCAUGAAUGCUAUCAAGUACAAGUACAUAGAUCUUCAAACUGAAAGGAGGAAAUAAAUAUGCAGUCAAUGCUUGAAAGAAAAGGCUAAAGGAAAAUAUCUGGAGAAUGCAUAAGAAAAGUGCAAUAUGAGUGUGCCUACCCUGGAGACGGGUUUAUUCUCCAGAAUUAUCUUUCCAUUUGCGACAUCCCUGGCCCUGGUUCUUAAAAAUCAAGAUUCCUAAUAGGAGUGGAUUGAGGUUUCUUAUCGGAAACGGGGGAGUGCUCUGUCCGUGAUAUUCAUUCUAGCAGAUACUUCUUCACAGGGCCUAUUCUCUGAGCACUGACUCAGUCAUUUGAUGUCCAUCCAUCUUUUCUAUCAUUUCCCUUGAAUUUGUAUUCUAUGUUUUUUUUUAUAUUUUUAACGUCAUUCAGAUCCUUUUCACUGUCUUUUUUGGUGCUUGAUUUUUUCUAUUUUCCUUCCAUAUUUCCUUUCUUUUCUCUAUCUGUCUGUCUUUCGUUUGUUCUUUCUUCUUCCUCUCUUUUUUCCGCCACUCUUUUUUAUUUCCCCUAUUCUUUUUUUCUCUAUCUUUCUUCAGGACCCUGUGAUAGAAAGCCUAGUGAUUGAUCUUAAGGUUGAUUUCUGUGAUUGAUGGCAUUGGUCAUUGUGUAAAAUCAAUUGUAAAUAUCCAGAGUGUAAUCAAUCUCUAAACUUUGUGUUACCGGAACCAGAGCAUCUAUUGCCAUUUUCUAUUUCUAUGUUUCUUGGCAGGUCUCUGUCUUUUCUCUUUUUGUUUCUUCUCGAUCUCUCUCUCUCUCUUGCUCUUGGACUCUCGAUAUUGUUCUCUUUCUCGACCUUCUCUUCUCAUCCGCUCUCCUCUCUCUGUUUUAUAAUUCUUCACAUUUAUCUCUUAAUAACCCAAAUGUGACAAUUUUUAGUUGUCACAAUUCCUUCUGUGUUAAUGUCAUCCUUGACUUUCUUGAAAUGCUUUUCCAGGUCAUGAUCUUCUCUAUUUCUUCCAGUGUUAUUCCCUCUCCAGCUCUCUUUCUCCCCUCUCUCCUUUCUCCACCGUUCCUUUCUCCUUCCUUUCUUUUUGCCCCCUUUCCCUUACAUCCUUCCCCAUACACUCCAUCUCAAGUUAUUUUCUUUCUCCUCCAUCUCUACAUUAAGAGCCCAUUUGCCUCCCUACCUCGCUCUUCCACCGCCAGUUCAGAAAUCUUGCCCCAGGUCGCCACGUCUGUAGCAAUUUUUGCCCAAAUGAAUAAGAAAUGGUCGAAAUUCAACCCGGCGGUGUUUUGUAAUGCGGUCGUUUGUUGUCGGGGCAUAAGUCCCCACGUGCAUGUUUGCAUGUAGGAGAGGGGAGAAGAAAAGCUGGGAUAACGGUAAUGCAUUUGUACAGGUUGCAGAUGGGGUAUUGGUAUUUAAACGGUUUUGCGCCAUGCAAGGCGGUGAUGUGAGGAGAGAUAGAGAGAGAGAGAUGCAGUAUGCUUUUAUCCAGAAGACUUCCGACAAUAGUGACUCAUCAGGAUUUAGUCUUUAGUUCAAGACUCCAACCUGUAUUAUUUGAUAAAAUUAUAUUAAAUAUUGACUAGGGUUUGAUGUUGUAUAAUAAUGAGUAAACAUAGUUAACAUAGAAUAGAAGUAUGAAAUUUGUUUUUGAUAAUACCCAUAUUUGGGUUUUUAAUGGCAUAAAAUAAGGAUCUCACCUCUACUUGUCUGCCCAGUCAAAGACUAUACGAUGUAUGCUUUAGUCAUGAGUUUGUGUGUGUGUGCAUAGAAGGCGAGUCUAUCCCUGUGUUUCCUAAUAAUAUGCGCAAUAUUGCUGAUUUAGUCAUUAUCCUGAAAUUGGUUUUUUACUUGAGAGUAGCUGGAUUAUCAUUUGAUGAAUCUGCCUUUUAUCCAUUUUGCGAUAUAUUGAAGAUGUUAGAUAAGGAUGUGGUUGCAAUGCAAAUGGAGAAUCUAAGUGCGGAGUAAAAAAUGUUUAUUUAAAAGUUAUUAGAUUUGAAAGUAUGAUGUACAUUCAUUAGUCCAAAUACAGAAAUUGAAGAAAGAAAUGCAGUUGCGAAAGCUACUGUAAUGUUACUUUUAAGUCUAUUUGAAAACAACGAUGCAGAUUAUCAAUGUUAUGAUGUAUUAAGAAUAUGAAUUUCACCAAAAUAAACAUAUCUCUUCCUUUUUUUUCCUGGGGGAAAUUAUUGGAAUGAACCUUGUGAUAUGCUUUAGGUUUGUAGAAAAGACUGUUUUAGAUAGGGUGAUAUUGUUUUAUGCUGGACAACUUAAAGGGGAAGUUUACCCUGACAAAAAGUUUAUGUAAAAAAUUGCAGAAAAAAAAAAAAAUAUUGCAGAAGGUUUGAGAAAAAUCCAUCAAAGAAUAAUUCUUUUUAGAAUUUUUAUUAUUCGAUUUGUGAUGUCAAUUGUGAGCAGCUUUUCUACAUAUCGGAUGGUAAAAAAAUCAAUGAAAUGUCAUUUUCUCAGAAAAUUGAAAAUGGUAUUUUUACUGUACCUUCAGUAUAUCAAUAGACAAAUCAUUUCACACCCGUUCCUAAAAAGAAAAGUAAAAUAAGUCAUCACAAACGAUUAAAAACUUGAAAUUUAUGCAUUUUAUAUAUUACAUUACAUAUGGGGCAGCUGCUUGUUUAUGAUGUCACAAAUCAAAAACUUGAAAUUCUAAUAACUCAAUCUUCAAUGGAUUAUCCUCAAACCUUCACCAAUAUUUUUUAUUAUUUUUUCUGCUAUUUUUACAACAAACUUUUCUGUAGGGUGAACUUUCCUUUAUUAAAAUUCAUAUAGGACUUCUUGAUUACCAGGGAGGAUUUACAUCGGUCACUAGCUUGAACGCUGCUUUUGUUUUUCAGUCCCGUUUAAUUUUGGAAAGGUCAUUGAAUGUCAAAUAUGGCAUCUUCCUUGAACCAGAGCUGCGUUCAAAAUCAAAUGAAGAAAUACCGCAGAGGAAAAAAAUAUGGUAUAGAAAGGGGAGUGGGCUUCAAUUUGAUGAUUGAAAAGCUCCGUUGCUCAGGUGUGUUUCAUCAUUGUAAUGAAGCUAAAGAAUAGAUCCCAUCCAUUUCUUGAAGAAUACAGAUUGUGGAAAAGGUGACGCGAUCAGACCCCGUUCACACUUGAAUGAUAAACUUGGGGAGUGUUUCUUGAAAAGAUUUACCAAUUAUUUUCAUUGACUGAUGUUAUAAGCUACUGCAAAUCCUUGCAUCCGAUUGGCUGAGGGAAAAUUUGUCUGUGAAAAUCACUGUUGAAAUUUUCCAUGCAGUACUCUCCUGCAAUCAGUCCAACAUUAAUGUGCCCUUUACACCUGUUUGAUCCGAAAAAAAUACUGAGCAUUUUCUGAUUAUGAAAUCUCUACCUUGAUUGGAUGGUAUUUUGCCAGUGUGAAAGCAUAUUGUUUGUUAUGUUUGUGUUUGCUAUGAUACAGUGAUUGAAUAUUUGAUUGUACUGGCCUCAGAAGUAAUAACAAAAACAAAGUCAAAAUGAAAACACAGAAAAACAGAAAGUUAGAGCAGCAUCGAAAAUCCUUUUAAAUCCAUCUUUGCGAAUGUUUUCUUUUUGGGUGAGAAUAGGUCACAGGUACCAAUGGUAGGCUUGAUUAAAUGACAGCUACGCAUGCAUCGCCAUAUCCCAAUUACACGAACGGGUAGGUGUGGAUGUGACGCCCAGGGAGGCUACGCUUCCACCGUCGUCGCUCGACCAUGCAGCAGCGCACCUUGCCCAUAACACAAGCAUUGGCAUUCCAAGGGGAAGAAAAUGACAAAUAUCAUUGAUGGGGGCAAAAAUGAUUUUAAAAGGGUUAAGGAUUUUUUGGGCGGAGCAAUCUAAUCUUGUAGAGCAUGUACUCACGCGAGUUAUGUUGUUAAUGGGAUUUGCAGCCCGAAGAGAAUCCUCAAUCAAAUUAUGUACUUCUACAUAAUUUUCUUUUCAUAUGAAUGAUAUUUUUUAAGGAGGGGGGGGGGGGGUAAUUGGCCCCUCUAUCCCGAAUGGGAAGAGCAUGGAAUUUUAUCGUCGUAAAUUUUAUCAAGCAAUUUAUCACAUAUUUCCCUUUAAUAAUGAUUUGCUGUCUGAUUAUCUCAAAUUCUCAUUCACAUAUUCAGUGUCGAAGAAACCCAAAUCAAUGAUUCUCCUUGUUUGAUAUAAAAAAAAUGGGGCAUUCCUUUUUUGAAAGUAUAGUAUCUUCAAUAAAACAUGAAAGCCUGUAGUGUCUGUAUGGCAGGCCUAUAUAUUUACAUGUAUUUUCCUGACCCUAGUAAUUAUCAAUCAUCAUCAUCCCAGAAUGGCAAAAUAAUUUAGGAGCACUAUUCACCUUGAUAACCAUUAGGGAGAUGAUUAGGGGAAAAUUGAUUGGUUCUUUUAUAUAGCGGCACUUCAAACAGCAACAUUUAGCAAAAAAUAUAUGAAAAAGGAGGGUACUUGACCUAUGGUUGGAAACAUAAUCCUGUAGCUAUUCAAACUUUCCAAGUAAGGUGAGACGACCUGGGAAAAUCAUACUGGAGUGGAAUUCUGGCAGGUACUUCAUAGUUAUUGCCCCUUGUGACAUGUAAUGAGUAAUAGAAUGUUCUUUAAUAGACAAGAAAUAAUGUAUGCAGAGCUUGAGAAUGGAGAGAGAGUUGGGUAGUGCCGAUAUGUGGAAAUAGUUUUGUCUUCUAAAGUUGAUUUAAUUUGGUUCGUGAUUGAUUUUACCCCUAAUUAAUCUGGAAAAAGGAUUUGUUUAUAUAUAUAUUUUUUCAAUUAGGAGCUGUAUACAUGUUGAGUGAAAUAGUAAAAUGAUGUCAUGCUUCCAUACAUUGCCAUUAUACAUUGUAAGUUUGAAGGUUUUUUUUUUGUAUUCAUGGUUUUAGAGUGAAAUGAAUGAUGAUAAUAAUAAAAUGCUAGUUUCUGGAAACAUUCAAGAAGCUUACAAAGAUAAAAGAGAACUCCAUACUAACUGUUUUUUUUCUUCAAAUUCUCUUUGAUAUUCAAAGUUACAUCGGUGAAAAACCAAUUCAAUUAUGGGGCCUAAGAUUUUAGGCUGAUAAAAGUAGUG